AUGUCGACAAUAAUUGGAAAUCUUACGAUUUUUGACCAUAAAAUUCACGAAUGGGAAGUUUUUUACGGAAAAUUGACGCAAUUCAUCAAGUUGAAUAAUAUUUCGGUUGAAAAUCAAAGUGCAGUGCUGUUAACAAACUUAUCGGAUGAAUCCUACCGUCUGGUUCGGGGCCUUGUGCAUCCGAAUAAGCUUGAAGAAUCAAACUAUAGUGAGCUGGUGAAGUUACUCAACACGCAUUUUACGCCAAAAAGGUCGACGUUCGUUGACAGAGCGAAGUUCUAUGACGCGGUAAAAUCGGAUGGCGAGAGCAUCGAAGAUUGGGCUGCGAGGCUACGUGGGCUGGCGGUAUAUUGCGAUUUUGGACCGGAACUCCAUACCGUGCUGCGGGACCGUUUCGUUUUGGGCUUUGGAACAGGACGGGAGCGCGACCGUCUGUUUGAAGCAGAUUCAAAGACGCUGACACUAGCGCAAGCGAUGGAAAUUGCCCAAAAAGCAGCGUGUGUCCGUCAGGCACGCGCUAGCGUCGCAGGUGGCGCAGGGGCAGCUGAUAUCAAGGAGGAGUCCGUGUUCUAUGCAGGGGAUCAUCGACGCGCAGGCGGAGGCGCGGGUAGCAGCGGCCGUCAGGGAGGCGGUCGUAAGGUCGAUGAUAAUGAAGUGCGUUGCGCGGUGUGCGGUUACAGGAAUCACGAUGGUUCUAAGUGUAGAUUCAAAAAUUACAAGUGCCUUGUUUGUGGUCAAAAAGGUCACCUAAAAAGGAUGUGCGUAGUUAAAAAGUCAAAUGUGCAUAAUAUCGUGCCGGAAAAUGUGGGCUCGGAUCGAGAGGAUUGCAGUGAAUGUGAAUUAUUCAACAUGAGGUAUGUGGUCAAUAAACCGAUUAAAUUAUCAGUUAGGAUAAACGAUCAAUGGGGGGAGCGUCAAGAGGAGGCGUUUAAAGAAGUCAAACGGAUCCUAGCUAGCGAGCGGGUACUUGCUCAUUUUGACCCGUCCGCGCCGCUCGUACUGACGGUGGACGCGGGCCCCGCCGGCCUCGGCGCCGUGCUGGCUCAUCAGGACGCCAACGGGCGCGAGCGACCGAUUGCCUUCGCGUCGCGAUCUUUGUCAAAGAGCGAAAAGAAUUAUAGCCAGAUACAGAAGGAAGCAACAGCUAUAAUUUUUGGAGUUAGACAUAUAGAUCAAAUAAGGAAGUUAACUAAGGCUAAUGUUACAAAUAAUGAUAUGAUAAGCGACGACGACGGGGACACGGCCGGUCCAGAUACGUGUUUAUUGUCUGACCCGAGCGUGUCCUCCACGCCUGCCCCGGCGCCCGACUCGCGCGCUCCGCAGCCCGCGCCCGCGUCCGCCGCGGCGCCGCCACAGCUCGCGCCGGCAUCGGCACAUAGCCCUGAUCUGCCUACUUAUGUUGAGGGGGGAGAGAUGUCGGUAAUGUCCGGUGGUGGAGGUGAUACUCGGUGUGAGAGAGAUCAAGACGAUGGGGAAGUGUGGGCAGAGGCUUGUGAGGGAAAUGUGAUUCAGGCUCAAUCAUCGGAGCGGAGUGAAAAUCAGAAUGAGGUAGUUGCGGCGACUAACGACAAACAAAGUAAUUUAAAUGAAGAUAUUGCUAGACGUUCUAAAAGAGUUCGGAAACCAACGGUUUUCUUUGAACCGUAG